UUGAUUUGGAGAAAGGGAGAUUGUGAUAAUGUUGCCACAGGGAGUGAAGAAGACGAUCACUGAUAAUCCAAAGAAGCUUGCCAACUUGAUUGACCUUGUAAAUCUUCCUUCCACACUUAGAGAGGUUGUGGGUCAGUCUCAGAUUUCUCGUUUGGGCUGUUUCAUGCGCGUAUGGUCUUACAUCAAGACCAACAAUCUUCAGGAUCCGAAUAACAAGAACAUUGUUAAUUGUGAUAAGAAGUUGAAGAGCAUUUUGAUGGGCAAAACGCAGGUUGGACUAGCUGAACUUCCUGCCCUGAUCAAACUGCAUUUUCCCAAAGAGCCAAAAUAGGAUGGAAAUUUGAGAUUCGGCGUCUAUGUUCCUCCAAAUUAGUCUCUUCUUUGUGCUGCAUCUCCAAAAUUUCCUGUGGAAUCAUGUUGUAAUUAUUUCAUAUGAGCAUAUACGCAGAUGAGAUUGCUACUUUUUGGAUGAUUUUUUCUUGUUGAGCCUGUUUUGAUGAGCAUUAUAAUGUUUGGUUUCUCAGUGAUAAUUUUAGUUGAUAUUAUAAAGUUCUUUGAAUCA